AUGUAUCUAUUAUUUCAGCUACAGUAUUGUUUCUUUUAUUCAAUCAACUGUUUUUAUCUCUCCCAUAUAUACCGCCCAUAUUUCUUUCUUGUUGUUCUUUUAUUGGAUCACCCCCACCUUUUCUUUCUUUCUUUCUUUCUUUCUUUCUUUCUUUCUUUCUUUCUUUCUUUCUUUGGAACAGUGUUGCUUUCUUUCCCAUACUUAUCUAUGUUUCUUUCUCUCUUUCUAUUGGCCCAGUUUACUUUCAUUCACCCUACAUUUCUUUCUUUCUUUAAUUAUUUAUUUAUUUCUGUCAUAUAUACCUCUCGUCCUUUUUUUUUAUCUAUCUUUCUAUCUAUCUUCUAUCUUCUAUCUAUCUAUCUUUUCUUUCUUUCUUUCUUUCUUACGUACCCACUUUCUUCCUUUUAUUUCUGUCUAAUAAGCCCUACAUUUCUUUCUUUCUUUAAUUAUUUAUUUAUUUCUGUCAUAUAUGCCUCUCGUCCUUUUUUUCUAUCUAUCUAUCUAUCUAUCUAUCUAUCUAUCUAUCUAUCUUUCUUUCUUUCUUUCUUUCUUACGUACCCACUUUCUUCCUUUUAUUUCUGUCUAAUAAACCCUACAUUUCUUUCUUUCUUUUCUUUAUUUAUUUAUUUCUGUCAUUUUUCCUUUUUUUAUCUUUAUCAUUAUUUAUUUCUAUCUAUCUAUCUAUCUAUAUCUAUCUAUCUAUCUUUCUUUUUCUUUUCUUUCCUUUUCUUUCUUUCGUUUUCUUCCUUUUAUUUCUGUCUAAUAAACCCUACAUUUCUUUCUUUCUUUAUUAUUUAUUUAUUUCUGUCAUCCUCUCGUCCUUCUAUCUAUCUAUCUAUCUUCUAUCUUCUAUUUCUUUUUCUUUCUUUCUUUCUUACGUACUCACUUUCUUCCUUUUAUUUCUGUCUAAUAAGCCCUACAUUUCUUUCUUUCUUUAAUUAUUUAUUUAUUUCUGUCAUAUAUGCCUCUCGUCCUUUUUUUCUAUCUAUCUAUCUAUCUAUCUAUCUAUCUAUCUAUCUAUCUAUCUAUCUAUCUAUCUAUCUAUCUUUCUUUCUUUCUUUCUUUCUUUCUUUCUUACCCCUACAUUUCUUUCUUUCUUUAAUUAUUUAUUUAUUUCUGUCAUAUAUGCCUCUCGUCCUUUUUUCUUCUAUCUUCUAUCUAUCUAUCUAUCUUUCUUUCUUUCUUUCUUUCUUUCUACAUAUUUCUUCCUUUUAUUUCAUCUAA